GUGAUUAUGUUAUGCACGCCUUACUGCACUGAAGGCUUUCAUACCCUGGGCUAAUCAAGCUCAUAUCGCAGGAGGCUCAACCAUCAAGCUCAGCUGCUGCACGGUGAAGCAAGAGCUCCAGAAACCCCGAGUUCUCGACUGAUAUAGUCAACCCUUGGUGGCGCACAGUCCCAUAAUCCCAAAGUUCAAUCAAGGGCAAACUGGGGCAAAUAUAUAAAGCCAGGUUACUUUCGAGCAUUUCAUAAAUGAGAUAGCUCUACCUGAAGAGACGUUCGUUGUGGUUUCUGUAAAGAAGUCUGCAUUGUGGACGAGUUCACCGUCUUUGGACCACGUGAAGUUGAUUACGUCAUCAAAGUUCUCAUCUUCUCAUUGCUUUAGAGGAAGGACAUCAUGCCUGCAGGAGACAAAGAUUUGGAGGCUGCAUCAUCAACAAACAAGGCAUUCACGCUUGAUGGCGGGGCCGUAGUCAGUGCUGAUGAUAUCCCUUUCCAGGACUCUAAGCACAGUGCACCCGCGGAGGGUGAAACAGGAAGAGGCAACUGGAGUAACAAAGUGGACUUCAUGCUGUCUUGUAUCGGCUUUGCUGUGGGUCUAGGAAAUGUCUGGCGAUUCCCCUAUCUUUGCUACACCAACGGAGGAGGUGCCUUUCUGGUCCCGUACGUCAUCAUGCUUUUGGUAGCCGGUCUACCUAUGUUUGUCAUGGAGUUAGGUUUCGGUCAGUUUGCUAGUAGAGGUUGCAUCACCAUCUGGACCAUCUCUCCAAUCUUCAAAGGUUUGGGUUAUGGCAUGUGUAUCGUCACGGCAUUAGUGGCCAUCUACUAUAAUGUGGUGAUUUGCUACACACUCUUCUUCCUCUUCGCAUCUUUCACCCGAGUCCUACCUUGGAGCGAUUGCAAUCGAGAGUGGAAUACAGAGAACUGCGUAGUUAGCAAAGCCAAUGGCACCAACGAAACCACUGUAUAUCUCAAUACUUCCACUAGACCAUCGCUGGAAUUCUGGGACCGGUAUGUUCUGGAUCGUAGUGAGGGUCUGGAGGACUUGGGUGAGAUCCGAUGGCAGGUGGCGCUGUGUUUAUUGCUGGCUUGGAUUGUCGUGUUUUUCUGCAUCGUACGAGGAGUCAAAUCAUCAGGAAAGGUCGUGUAUUUCACUGCCACCUUCCCCUACGUCGUUAUUCUGAUUUUGCUGAUCCGUGGUGCUACCCUGCCUGGUUCUCUGGACGGAGUCAUUUACUACAUCAAGCCAGAGUUUAACAAGCUACUUAAUGCUAGGGUCUGGAAGGACGCUGCUGUACAGAUCUUCUAUUCCCUGGGACCAGCCUGGGGAGGUCUCCAUACACUUGCUAGCUACAAUAAGUUCGAUAAUAACUUCAAACGUGAUGGUAUCAUUAUCGCUUUCACUAACUGUGGCACCAGUGUCUUUGCGGGAUUUGCCAUCUUUUCUGUUAUUGGAUUCAUGGCGCAUGAUUCUGGUCUGCCGAUUGACAAAGUCGCUGACACCGGUCCUGGUUUGGCCUUCGUAGCUUACCCAGAAGCAUUAGCGAGAAUGCCUGCUGCUCCAGUCUGGUCUAUCCUAUUCUUCUUUAUGCUCUUUACGCUUGGUUUGGACAGCCAGUUUGUGAUGACUGAGACGUUGAUAACAGCUGUUUGCGAUGAGCUGAAGAGUUACUUCAAGAACAUUAACAAGUGGAAGACUUUAAUCACGCUGGUAGUCUGCUGCACUUUCUUUCUGCUGGGGUUGCCCAUGACAACCAGGGGAGGCAUUUACUUGUUAACUUUGAUGGAUAAUUACUCGGCCGGAUUCUCACUUCUUUUGAUCGCUCUGCUUGAGUGCCUGGUCAUCGCUUAUGUCUACGGAAUCCGAAGAUUUAACCGCGAUAUGACAGUGAUGGUGCCAGCUGGACUCGGCCCGUACUGGAAACUCACCAUCAUGCUCUUUGCUCCAUUGAUACUGGGUGCCAUCUUUGUUUUCUUUGCGGCAACCUAUACCAAUCUGACCUAUGGUAAAUACAUUUACCCACCGUUUGGUGAAGCUCUAGGCUGGUUGAUGGUGUUGGCAGCUGCUCUUGCUAUCCCAGCCUACGCUUUGUUCUUCUUUCUCGUACGAUCGAAGGGGAACACACUGCUAGAGCGUUUGCGUUUCUCCUUGAGACCAAGUCCCGAGUGGGGUCCUGCCUCUAAUGCUGACCGUCUGAAAGCUGGUUACCCCUCGCUACCAGAACCCAAUCAGGAGAUGACUGUUCAGUACGAUACUUCUCCACCUACGUACAACAGUAUCUAUUCCAGCACACUCGGGGAAGAAGGAAUUGUAGUGGAAGCUAAGUAAAUCGGUCGGAACGACAGACCAGGCGGUGGGAACCCGUUACUAAAACAUUCAUUUGUCAAUCUCUGGCAUCUUCCAUUAUUAAAAGGAUUCUUAAUUGAAGAUAACGAUAACGAUGAGUUGGAUGUCAUCUCCUUUCCGUAUUUCAAACAGUGUAGAAUAUCAGUUGACUUUGAUUCAUUCCAAAUCUGUAAUAGUUUAAAAGAACAUUUAUAAAUUCAAACAAUGCUUUCAACUACCCCUAAUAACCACGCUGACUUCCUUCCGUUUGGGGUGUUGUACUGCAUACUUGUUCGAUAAAUUAUUCUUGUGGAAUGUGUGUCUUACAAUUUGGCAUGAGUGUAAAUAAUCAUAUUUUAAUCAAGAUCUGGUGAUUUGAUAUUUGAAUAUUUACUGAGAGUGGUAUUAUUUUACGUUCUUUUUUAAAUAAUAUCUUCUGCGCGCUAUCGUAUCUUUGAUGUACUUUCGAUGAAACGGAUCGCUUUAUUUGUAUACACUUGUCGAGUUAUUUUAAAUGAUAGAUUUGAGUGGUUUUUAAUUGUAAUUUAAAGUUCAAAAUCAUAGCAUUUCUUACAAAAAUUAAGUAUGUGUCUCCUGUUGCAUGUAUAUCUAGGUUCCAGAACGUAGCGUUUAUUUAGGCCUACUGCAGAUUCUGGAAGAACGUAACUUGAUGAUAUGCUGUGUGGCGAAACAAAACUCGCAUUUAUCCGAGAAAGGUGCGCAGUCGUUCAGUUCAUUGUCAUUUCUUACGAGAGCUGUACUGUGUUCACGACAGUAUAAAAGUUGACACUCGACUUGUUUCUUCAACUUAAUUUUUCGUCAUAGUCUAUGAUGAUAGGCCUAGAGUUGUCAGUGUACAGUUUUAGUCGGUGUAUUGUCGCAUGGGUCACGUGUAUUUUAUUAAACUAAUUGGUAAAAUGAUUGACAUUUGCAUAUUUUUUGGCUUUCUAUUUGAUCAACAUUAAUUCCUGUGGAAUGGCUUUUCUUGGUGGCGUUUGCUGCCCAUCUUAAUUGUCUUGUUCCUAACAUUUUUUAAACUAUCGUGUAAUUUCAGUCUAUUUUGAGUAGAAUAGUGUCAUUAGAAAUAUUCUUUUGCAUAAUGGAUCGAAUUUACCGAUGGUUUCAUCUUUCCAUCACUAUGUAUAUUUGUGUUCCAAACUCGUAUUCAUUUUGCAAAAUGAUUCAGAUUCAAGAAUUGCAGUCGUGGGACGUUUUGCAAGCUUAUCGUUACUCCAGGUUGAAAUGGGCUGGUCUACAAAACUGGUCUGGGUUUGAAAAGUGAGUUAACACUCUACUGUUAGUGAAGUUUUCAAGUAUCUUUUAAGUGUGUUUGUUUGUUUGUUUGUUUGUUGCUUUAUUUUCUAUAAGAAAACAUGGAUUAGUCCCCUGUUCUUUUGGCUUUUGUGUAUAUGUAGUGUGACUACUCAAUAAAUAUUCGAUUUUUUAUGCUUUAGA